GCGCGGGCCGCGCGGAGGGAGGCGGCGCGAGCCGGCGCCGCUGAGGUACCGCGGGGCCGGGUUAAAGGCCACAGAAGUUAAAUCACCCUCCUCACUUUACUGUGAGCCUCCCCACCUUCUUCAACAUGGCUGGUGGCAUUACUGACACAGGAGAGCUUUACUCUCCCUAUGUGGGUCUGGUUUACAUGUUCAACCUCAUCGUUGGAACAGGAGCCCUGACCAUGCCGAAGGCCUUUGCGACAGCGGGGUGGCUCGUCAGCCUUGUGCUCCUGAUGUUCCUGGGGUUUAUGAGCUAUAUGACUACAACCUUUGUGGUGGAAGCCAUGGCUGCUGCCAAUGCCCAGCUGCGAUGGAAGAGGAUGGAGAAACGCAAGGAGGAUGAUGAGGAUGAGGAUUCUUCCUCUGGAGUAUCUGACACUGAUGUUCUCCUCCAUGAUGGCUACGAGCGAGCAGAGACACGACCCAUCCUGUCAGUUCAGAGACGUGGCUCAGCCAAUAUCUUUGAAAUCACUGAAAGGGUGGAAAUGGGCCAGAUGGCUUCCAUGUUCUUCAAUAAAGUGGGUGUCAACCUCUUCUAUUUCUGCAUAAUUAUCUACCUCUACGGGGACCUGGCAAUCUACGCAGCGGCUGUACCAGUCUCUCUCAUGCAAGUGACCUGCAGUGCCACUGGCAACCAUUCUUGCAGUGUUGGAGAUGGCACAAAGUAUAAUGAUACAGACAAGUGCUGGGGGCCAAUUCGCCGGAUCGAUGCCUACAGACUGUAUCUGGCUGCCUUCACUCUCCUCCUGGGUCCUUUCACCUUCUUCAAUGUACAGAAGACCAAGUAUCUUCAAAUCAUGACAUCCCUCAUGAGAUGGAUAGCUUUCAUCCUCAUGAUUAUUCUGGCCCUCAUCCGCAUCAGCAGAGGUGAAGCCGAAGGUCACCCCUCCAUGGCCCAGCUGUCGGGCAUCCGCAAUCUCUUUGGGGUGUGCGUCUACUCCUUCAUGUGCCAGCACUCACUGCCGUCCCUCCUCACCCCCAUCUCCAAGAAGAAGCACGUCAACAAGCUCGUGCUGCUGGAUUACACCCUCAUCCUGGCCUUCUACAGCCUCCUGUCCUUCACUGCCAUUUACUGCUUCCGCAACGACACCCUCAUGGACAUGUACACGCUCAACUUCACCAACUGCCACGUCAUCAGCGUCGCCUUCGUCCGCUAUUUCCUGGGCCUCUUCCCCGUCUUCACCAUCAGCACCAACUUCCCCAUCAUCGCCGUCACCCUGCGCAACAACUGGAAGACCCUUUUCCACAGAGAAGGGGGCACCUACCCCUGGGUGGUGGACAGGGUCGUCUUUCCUGCCAUCACGCUCGUCCCCCCCGUGCUGGUGGCUUUCUGCACCCACGACCUGGAGGCUCUGGUGGGGAUCACGGGGGCCUACGCUGGGAACGGCAUCCAGUACCUCAUCCCGGCCUUCCUGGCCUACUGCAGCAGGAAGGACACCCAGCUGGUCUUUGGCAGUGGGACGGUUAACAAGCACCUCUCUCCCUUCAGACACACCUUCUGGAUCGUGUUUGUGCUCAUAUGGGGCUUUUCUUGCUUUGUGUUUGUGACUGCAAACAUUGUCCUGAGCGAGGCCAAGCUCUGAGCUGGGGGUAGUGGCCACACUCCCGGGCUCCAGAGACCAAGCAUUUCAGCUCCCCCUCUGCAACUGAAGGGGGGAGAGGCAAUAUGAAGGGAAACUUCCAGGCCAAGGCUUGGUGGCACAGCUUAGGCCUGGACAUGGACUUCCUUCACUCCAUCUUGAGUGUGGGUGGAGUGGACUCAGCCUUGUUACAGUCCCAGUUCUCAGCCCUGCAGCGUGUGGGGCUGAGCCCUCGGCAGCCUGCACCAUUAACCAGUGUCCAGCCAUUUCUGCCUUCAGCUCCAGUGGAGCGUGGCUCUCCUCAUGCCUGCCUCUCCUCAUCCCUGCCCUGCCUUUUCAGCUGCUGCAGGUCUCAGCUCACAGCAGAGCAGCCAACCCUCUCCCAAAGGCAGGGAUGUGCUGUGCAGAAUCUGGCAGGACUUUGGGAGAAUUGAGUCUCUUCUUUCUGCUGAGACCCCUCCAAACCAACCCCCUGCACCAGCUGAGGGGAGAAAUUAGGGUGGCAAUAGAAGAAAAUAACGGUGUGCUGUUCCAUUUUCUGUUUCUAGAGGCGUUCAGCUGUGUGUGCUACCUGGGACCUGCCAGCUUCUGCUUCAUCUCUGCAGCCCAGGAGCUCACACUCACACUUCUCUUGUUGCGUGGCAGCCUCGGCCGGGCCCAGCAAUGCCCCUUUGCAGGCUCAGUGCCCCCGGACAACAAACCCGAGCCCUGCUCGCCUGGGCUUCGCCUGGGCAGCCGCUAAUUAGCCGGUGCUGAGAGGCCGGCGGCAGCUCCGCCUCCACACGCUGAUGGGUUUCCAGCCUCCUGCGCCGGGUAAUUGGCCUUGAAACAAGGUGGGUGGUAACUCAGGGGACUGGGCUUGUGCCAGGAGGGAGCAUCAGAGCCCGGGCUCGGCCCUGCCUGCAGCAGCAGAGCUCCCAGGUGAGGGAAAGCAAAAGACCCUGCUGGAACUGGGCCGGGAUCCCCCUCCCUCUGCUCUUCCUGCCCAGGGCAGAGGGUGCUUAGGGCUGGUCCUGCUCAGCCUCUCAGACAAGUGAGCUGGGCUGAGUCUCUGCUUUAGAGGCUGCUGGUGGCCACUGUCCUACCACACAGUGACAAACAGCUCAGGGGUCCUUGGGCAGAGAUCAUGGGGCUGCUCCUAACCAAAGGAAGACACUUUAAAGUUUUCACCUGAGAUAUGUUAAACCUCUCCCUCAUUAAGGCAGGUUCAAAGCCAGGUGCAUGUCACUUGCCUUGGAUCCUCUUGCCCUCUGCACUCGCUGCAGGAUUAAGUGUCACCGCUCGCUACGGCAAGCUUUGAACUGCAGCUCUUCUUAAUCAAGCUCCGUUUUCAAGUAGGACUUUUUGGUUUCCAUAUGACCUGAAGUGCUCCUCUGGGGGGAAUCUGCAAGUGUCUGGAGCUGUAUAAAAACACUUCAUGGCUUUUAAAGCAAAACCCUCCACCUCUUGAGCCUGAGCACUGCCGCUGUGUCCUUGCUGAGCUGCUUGGAGAGGAUCUGGGGGGACUGUUUGGCUCAUCUCCUCCCUGAUCCUAAGCAGGCACUGGCAGCCCUCACCGGGGAGUUUGAACAUCUCCAAGUGCUCUGGGGAAGCUGAUGUGGCAUUUUCAGGGCCAGAUUAGCAAGUGGUUUUCCAGGUAGAUGGUGCAAGUGUCUCCUUUAAGUAGGUAGGAGGGCAGGUUGAUGGGGUAGCUGAGCUGAGAGCUGCCUGCCAGGCCAGCUGGGAGCUGGGCAGAGCUAGAGAAAGGAAAGGAAUGCUGAUGGCAUGAGCCUGGGGGAGACUGCAGGGGUUUGUGGAAGGGGGCUGAGGCCUUUCAUAGUGCACUGUCCACCCCAGGCUGCCUGUGCUUUGCAGGGCACUUAGCUCAGCCUCCAUCCCUUCAAGUGUCCAUUUUGAUCUCUUGCCUUCACAUUUCACUGCCAGCCAGGGAACGAGGCUGUUCUCCGGGACUUCAUCUCCUCUUUCCCUUUCCCUUAGGGCUCCCUCCCAGCUGCUGUGCAGCCUAGCUCACUCUCACCUGCCAUCUCCCACCUUUAAAGAUGUGCCUUCUCUUCCCUGGCCUGGUGACCCCCUCUCCUCUUCCCCACAAUGCACAGCAGUGACUUCUUUGGGGCCUUACCUCUGAGAGCUGCUGAGAUCCAGGUUUUGAAUGCCCUGGCUCAGGGAGGGGUCAUAUCCUGACCCCAGCCUUUGCCAUGGGACUGUACCAAGAAGGACUCAUGUCCCUGAGGAGGCAAAUGCUGUCUUAAAUGAAUUCCCAGACACCUGCUUGUCCUUGCACAGCAGCCAAACAAACCCACCUGAGGAGCUGAGGUGAUUAACAGAGAGAGGCUCUACGGCAGAGAGAACGUAUUUCAUACAAAACAUGACACAGCAAUGCCUUAAAAAUUACUGGGGAAGGGAAAGGGGAAGGACCCCAGGCAGGGGGGACCCCAGGUCAGCGUGGGGCAGGAGCUCUCUCACCCACCACCACCGACUCUGUUUGGAAGUGACCAACACUAACCAAUCCAUUACUACAGAUUCUCACCUGAUGCUUGUCCUGAUUGUAAUUAGUUCUCAGAAAAAAAAAAGGGAUUUCAACCCAAUAAACUUGCACAUGACA